AUGUAUGUGGCGUGCUUCCACCCCGAUAACGCAGACACUGGGCCGUUCGUGGAUGCUGUCCCUGUCAUGACCAAAGAAGUGGAUCUAAUGCUCCGUUUUCACAAGCAGCGUCUUCUGGAGCUGCGGGGUGGUGCUGCACCGAAGCCUAGUGCCGAGAAGAACUAUUUGCUGUUCAUGUUUCUGCACGCGUACGGCAAGAAGUGGAUGCAAAGAGGUCGCUCUCUGAAGCUCGACAAUCUGCCACAUCCCAUGGAGACAAGCCGAACGCAACACUGGCAGAAUUUGGCGGUGGAAGUCGCAUUGGAAAUGCAGUUCAAGUGUUUGAAGCGCGCGACUGAAGUGACUGCAGCAGGUGAAACAGAGACAGCGACGUCUUUGCUGGAUAUUGCAGGGGGGGCUGAUUCGCAGGAAGACCUCGUCCGUGAACUGGAAGAACAAGUGAUGCGUCCAGCCGCUGCAGAUUCAGAUGCGCAGCCGGGCGGCCUCGCAUUGAUUCCUGUGCCUCUCGCUCCUGCACCAGAUGCGGCAUUGCGAGAAGACGAUCCGUUUGCAGUCUGCAAGAAACGUCGGCUCAUGCCCGGAGCGAAGGAGUCGGACACCAGGUUCAACGCACUGUUCGCCAGCACAGACGACUGCUAUCAGGCCUCCUUGGCCACCGUUCCUGCACCGUUUCCUGGAGAGGCCCGUGGCACGAUUAGGCAGCAGAUUCUCCAGAACUUGGAGUAUGCGCGCACUAGGUACCCUGGCUGGUCAGACAACCUGACUCGUCUCGGUGCUGCAGCCGUUUGUGUGUAUCGGACGCGUUACACCGACCUCUUCAUGACAGACUACGUGGCCUUGCUGUGGGUGAUCGAAGGCGAACGCUUCCUCCGAGCUCACAACGGGCGCUGCUACUUGUACCACAACCAUGGAGCCUUCGAGGUCUGGAGCGGCGUUCCAGCAGAGUCCACCUUCA